UGACCAUCUAUUUUAAGAUGUAGGUACUUACUUAUUAAAGUAAUCAGAACAUUAUUGAAGUGAAGUGUCUUUUAAAUAAAUUAUUAAUUUUGAUGAACGGUCUAAUUUAUUAGUUUUAAUUUUAAUAAAUCAGAUUCUAAAAAUGCCCAUUGAAAAUAAAGAAGAAAGUGGUUUUUGUGAAAUAUGUAAAGCUCCAUCAAAAAGAAAAUGUUCAGCAUGCAAACUAAUAUUUUAUUGCAGCACGGAACAUCAUCAAGAACAUUGGAAGGAACAUAAGACAACAUGUAGACCUUUUGAGGAAGCCUACUCAAAAGAACUUGGCAGAUAUCUAAAAGCUACUAGAGAUUUGAGCCCUGGAGAAAUAAUAUUUUCCGAAACACCUCUUGUGUUUGGACCAAAACCGCAUCAUAUUGAAGAAGGUCCAUUUCCAUGUGUUGGGUGUUGCAGGUUACUCAGUGAUCAAAUGUGCGAAAGAUGUCCAGGAUGUCUUUGGCCUAUUUGCAACUUAAACUGCGAAGGAUUAAAAGUAGCCAAUUAUCAUGGCUUUGAAUGUAAUAUUCUAAGAUUAAGACCUCCUAGUGAGAUAAAAUCAUUUUACAACUUUUACAGAUUCGACGUUUUAAUAAUUUUAAGAGCUUUGUAUCUUCAACAAGCAAAUCCGAAAAAAUGGGACAUAAUGAUGAAGUUAGAAGAUCAUAUUGAAUGUAGGGGUCCUCAUACGGAAAUAUUUAAGGCGGUACAAGAAAAAAUACAAAUUUUGGAAGACAACUAUUUAAAACCAUUAAAAGAUUACGAGAAAGAAAUUGGUCAACUAAUUAUACCUAAAGUAUCUCCUGAUAUAAUUCAUCGAAUCUAUGGAAUUUUAGAUGUUAAUGCGACAGAACUAACGGAAGAUAUCGAUGCAAUGAUACUUUACGGUACAUCUUCAAUACUAGAACAUAGUUGUGUACCAAAUGUGAUGCAGUUAAUUGAUGAAAAGGAAAAUUUUAAAAUUACCAUAAGAGCUGCUUUACCUAUUGAAAAAGAUGAUCAUAUAUCUUCAAUUUAUACCCACAUUCUUUGGGGAACCGCUGCUAGAAGAGACCACCUUCUCCAAACUAAAUAUUUUAAAUGUAAAUGCAGAAGAUGCCAAGAUUCUACUGAGCUGGGUACAUAUAUAAGUGGAUUAAAGUGCAUUGGUGGAAUUGAAGGCAGUCCUUGUGGUGGUUUACAACUUCCUGUAAAUCCUACGUUAGAAGAAGGUGCAUGGGAAUGUGGCAAAUGCAAAAUAAGGUUGCCAGAAAAGGACAUAUUGAAGUUUGUAUCCCACCUUGGUGAUGAAGUGGAUAAGCUAAUGUCGAAAAUUCCACACCUUCGAGAACUAGAAGAUAUUCUAUCCAAACUGCUUUAUUUUCUUCACCCAAAUCAUUAUUUGGUAUACAAUAUUAAGCAUUCUCUUGUUCAAUUAUUGGGCACAGAGGAAAAUGUAGAAUACACCGUAGAUGAUUGGAUAAAAAAGUUGAAUUUAUGCGAAGAACUUAUUAACAUAACUAAAACUAUCGAUCCUGGAAAUGCACGAUUGAGUUUAUAUCUCGGGGUCCUUUUGAAUGAAUUAUUCAUAGCGCAAUUCAAAAUUCUUUCAAGAACUUGGAAUAAUCCAACUCAAAAUUUGUAUACCGAACAACUAAAGAGCGAUAUUCUUAGGACUAUUGAGGAGAACAAGAAAACGUUGGCAUAUGAACAAAAAACGGUAUCUGGUAGUAAGCUGUAUGAAGUCGUGAUUAGGAAUGAACAAACAUUUAAAAAUUGGUCUGAAGGCAAUGCUAAAUAGAUACCUAAAUAAUAUAGAAUACUUAUUAAGUACGUACUUACGUUAUAGAUGAAUUAAGGUAAACUGUGUUAAAUCUGUUAUAGAUGAAGUAAAAUGGUUGUAAUUUUUAUUAUAGUUUUUUUUUUUUUAUUUAAGAAAAUAUAUCGUAUAAUCCAGUCAAUGAACGUUCAAUCGGGAGCUGUGGGUGACAUGGAAAAGGUGC